AUGAUUGGCUGGGGCACUUGUGAACCCGAAGUAAAGAUGGCGGGCGGGCAGGCAGCCGCCGCACUGCCCACUUGGAAGAUGGCGGCGCGCCGCAGCCUCAGCUCUCGCGGCCGGGGGACUGUGAUCAUCGGGUUGCGGCUGGAGGACACGAACGACGUGUCGUUCAUGGAAGGGGGGGCGCUGCGGGUGAGCGAGCGGACCCGGGUCAAGCUGCGGGUGUACGGGCAGAACAUCAACAACGAGACAUGGUCCCGCAUUGCUUUCACAGAGCAUGAGCGGCGGCGCCACAGCCCGGGCGAGCGCGGGCUGGGGGGCCCUGCGCCGCCGGAGCCGGACAGCGGCCCCCAGCGCUGCGGCAUCCGCACAUCAGAUAUCAUCAUCUUGCCCCAUAUCAUUCUCAAUCGCCGUACAUCAGGCAUCAUUGAGAUCGAGAUCAAACCGCUGCGCAAGAUGGAGAAGAGCAAGUCCUAUUACCUGUGCACGUCGCUCUCCACGCCAGCCCUGGGCGCCGGCGGCCCGGGGUCUGCGGGUGGCGCCGUCGGGGGCAAGGGCGGCUCCGGGGUGGCCGGGCUCCCGCCGCCCCCGUGGGCCGAGACCACCUGGAUUUAUCACGACGGCGAGGACACAAAGAUGAUCGUGGGGGAGGAGAAGAAGUUCCUGCUGCCUUUCUGGCUGCAGGUGAUCUUCAUUUCGCUGCUUCUGUGCCUAUCGGGCAUGUUCAGCGGCCUCAACCUGGGACUCAUGGCCCUGGACCCGAUGGAGCUGCGCAUCGUGCAGAACUGCGGCACGGAGAAGGAGAAGAAUUACGCCAAGCGCAUCGAGCCCGUGCGCAGGCAGGGCAACUACCUGCUGUGCUCGCUGCUGCUGGGCAACGUGCUGGUCAACACCACGCUCACCAUCCUGCUCGACGACAUAGCUGGCUCAGGCCUCGUGGCGGUGGUGGUCUCCACCAUCGGCAUCGUCAUCUUCGGGGAGAUCGUGCCCCAGGCCAUCUGCUCCCGGCACGGCCUGGCUGUGGGGGCCAACACCAUCUUCCUCACCAAGUUUUUCAUGAUGAUGACCUUCCCCGCCUCUUACCCCGUAAGCAAGCUGCUGGACUGCGUCCUGGGCCAAGAGAUAGGCACCGUCUAUAACCGGGAAAAACUGCUGGAGAUGCUCCGGGUCACAGACCCCUACAACGACCUCGUAAAGGAGGAGCUGAACAUCAUCCAAGGGGCGCUGGAGCUCCGCACGAAGACCGUGGAGGACGUGAUGACUCCCCUCCGGGACUGUUUCAUGAUCACCGGCGAAGCCAUUCUGGACUUCAACACCAUGUCGGAGAUCAUGGAGAGCGGCUACACUCGGAUUCCAGUAUUUGAGGGGGAGCGCUCCAACAUCGUGGACCUCCUCUUUGUCAAAGACUUGGCCUUCGUGGAUCCAGAUGACUGUACUCCCCUGAAAACCAUCACUAAAUUUUAUAACCACCCCUUGCACUUUGUUUUCAAUGACACCAAGUUGGACGCUAUGCUGGAAGAAUUUAAGAAAGGUAAAUCUCACCUGGCUAUUGUGCAGCGAGUAAACAAUGAGGGAGAGGGGGAUCCAUUUUAUGAAGUUCUGGGAAUUGUCACAUUAGAGGAUGUGAUUGAAGAAAUCAUCAAAUCUGAGAUUCUAGAUGAAACAGAUUUAUACACUGAUAACAGAACGAAAAAGAAAGUGGCCCAUCGAGAAAGAAAGCAAGAUUUUUCUGCCUUUAAGCAGACAGACAGCGAGAUGAAGGUUAAAAUAUCACCACAGCUUCUCCUGGCCAUGCACCGUUUCCUAGCAACAGAAGUAGAAGCAUUUAGCCCAUCCCAGAUGUCAGAGAAGAUCCUUCUAAGGCUGCUAAAGCACCCCAAUGUCAUCCAGGAGCUGAAAUAUGAUGAGAAGAACAAGAAAGCCCCAGAAUGUUACCUCUACCAGCGAAACAAACCUGUAGACUACUUCGUCCUCAUCUUGCAGGGGAAAGUGGAAGUAGAAGCUGGGAAAGAAGGUAUGAAGUUUGAAGCCAGUGCUUUUUCAUACUAUGGUGUAAUGGCCCUUACAGCAUCCCCAGUUCCUUUGUCCCUGUCUCGUACCUUUGUUGUCAGCAGAACAGAGUUGUUAGCAGCAGGUUCUCCAGGUGAAAACAAGUCACCUCCUCGCCCAUGCGGCUUGAAUCACUCGGACUCUCUCAGUCGCAGUGACCGGAUCGAUGCGAUAACGCCGACGUUGGGGAGCAGCAACAAUCAGCUCAGCUCUUCAUUCCUCCAAGUCUACAUCCCUGACUACUCGGUGCGAGCCCUCUCUGAUCUCCAGUUUGUUAAGAUCUCAAGACAGCAAUACCAAAAUGCCUUGAUGGCAUCCCGGAUGGACAAAACUCCUCAGUCUUCAGACAGUGAAAACACUAAAAUUGAAUUGACUCUUACGGAGCUGCACGACGGGUUGCCAGACGAGACGGCCAACCUGCUCAAUGAACAGAACUGUGUGACGCACAGCAAGGCCAACCACAGCCUGCACAGCGAAGGCGCCAUCUAGAGCACCGGCCUCGGCCUCCGCGUCUGACCGUGAAUCCCGUUAGUGUGCGCUUGUGUGCCAUGCUGCAUCCUGCACCAUCCUGAGACCAAAGACUUUGUCCCCUUCCUGGAAGCAGCAGAGGAGGCUGGGGAGGGCAGGAAUGGAAACUGGAGAUGUGAAAUCGACAGCCAGGGCGUGGCAUUCGAGAUUAUGGAGAUGAAUUUCUUCCGCCCAAAUGGAAUCGUGGUUAUUUUCUCAGCUGUACCUUCUGUCAUUACCCACUCUCCUCCCUCGAUUUGCAUGAAGUUGAAACUUGUUGCGAUUUACUUUCUUCUGAGAGAUCAUGUUUUUAGAAAGUGUCCUUGGCAGAGUUUUAAAUUGUUCUGUCUGAACUCUGCUGUGACCCCAUGAUGUAACCUUAGAAGGAUGGACUUGUCCCUCCAGUGGCCUUCCUUGGCCCCUGCCCCAGGGAGGGGCACCCUUCCUCUGUGCCCCAGUGGGUGUCGCUGUCGAACUUCAAGGAUGAAUGACACAGACCUGCCCAGGCUGUUGGCUCUGAAGGGUGGAGCCUGCACAGGGACCUGCAGCCUCUCUGAGCUCAGUGUUGUUUUAAGUUAAUGUUUCACGGUGUCCCUUUCCCUCAGAAAGGUUUAACGUUUGCUUGGAAUGUGAUUUUGCUCCCACUCUAAGGAAUUUUUAUCACCAAAAUGAAUGUUAACGGAUUUUAAACCUAUGGUUUAUCUUUGCAAGAGGCGAGGUGGCUUCACCCCAACAUUCCCACAGCCUGGGGCCUCCAGCUCAGCCAGGCCUCUUCCGCCCCAGCUUACUGAGCGCCCGUCACCCACCGCCCCGUCCUUGCUCUUGUUAAUCCACGAUGCUGCUACACAGAUGCCAAAUGGAAAUCUUCCACAGGGCCCUCGAGUAAACUCGUGGUGUGGAGUCCACACUCCUGCCCUUCCCGCUGGGAUGUAUGUCAUUGUCAGAAAAGGAGUCGGACCUUCCAGCUGUGCUCUGUACGCCCUGCCAAGAAGGCACGUCUAGGCCCAUGUGUCUAAAGGAGGAAACACUGGGGACUGCCGGCACCUGCCCCCUUCCCCUGUCCCUGGGCCCGCGGGGCCCAGCAGUGGCUGUGUCCCCGCCUGAGGACCUCUGUGUCUCCCACCUCAGACGUGGCCCACGCCAGAGAGGCUGCCCGUACAGCCAGGGUCAGUUUGGCCCCAAACAGGGAUUCAGAAACCAAA